GGCUCGGUCUCCGCCGGAAUGAGUGCUGCACGUGCCAGUCAUGGCUAGGUUUUGAUCUUUGAAGGCUGUUCGCAAGAGACGGGCCGGGACGGAUAAGACUGGUCAACAGGGAGGUCAGAGACCAGCGCCCUCGGUGCCGGUGACGGCUGGAUUGCAGCCGGGAAAAUGUCCGGAGGAAUCGUCUUGACGGUGAUGAUGGGCCCUGGGGGCAGUAGGGGUCCGCCCCAAAGCCGGCCGUGUUGGGCCCUAUCCCUGUGUUUACGAUGAACGCGUUGUGGGCGAUGCGGUGGGCCCUUUUGAAGCGGAGCUGGCCGAGGGAGGCGUCGGCCAGAGUGCCUGAGUGCCUUCAGGCCCGACGCGGAAGCGCAGAUGCACUCCAUGCGAGCGGUUCCGGUGGGCUGUGGGCGGAAUCCGCUCAGAAGUUGGAUCUGUUGGACGGAUCUGCGGCCACGGCGACGAGCAAGGGGCUCAACGCUCACCAGGCCCUAAGAGCAGUAGGGGUCCGCUCCAAAGACGGUCCUGUUGGGCCUUAUCCCUCCGUAUACGGCCUCGGCCAGAGUGCCUUCAGGCCCGACGCGGAGCGCAGAUGCACUCCCCGCGAAAGCAGGACGUCCAUGUCCAAGACGGCCCAGCCAAAGCGCAAGGAGCUCCUUAAUCUGGGGAUCCCUCGAGUCGACGUGGCACCUUCCGGCUCAGCGCGCUGCCGGGACACGUACCCGACCGCCCAUCAGCUAACCGGAGCGGACGGCCGCUGCCUCGGGACCGUUUCCGGCCACUGUCACGAGACGGAGUCCGCUCGGCUGUGGGCGGAAUUGAGAGAAAAGUGGGGGCUAUUCGACGGAUCUUAUCUGCCGUUACGGCGACGAGCAAGGGCGGAUCUAGGGGCUCGCCGCUUACCAGGUCCGCACGCGGAGCCGACGCCUGGAUUGCGCACUUCCAGCGCCGCAUCUCUGGUCGCUCUACUUUCCGAGGCGCGAGCCGCGGCCCGCCUGCGCAAGCGACGCCCGCGCGUGGGUACCCUCCACCGCGGUACAGCGCCGUGCGGCCUCUUGAGAUGCGCCGUUGGGAGAUGAGUGACUAAGCUUAAGUGAGCAAACACCUGGAAACCCGAAAACUCGAAAACCCAAAAACCCUGGGGAACCCUCCUGUGCCAGCGUCGCAUAGCUGCUGCGACUUGGUGUGGACCGCUCUCGUACGUAUUCAGUCUACGAGCGCGGUAGAACACCCAGGCGCGGCUCCUGGCGAAGCGCUCUUGGAAAGUCGGGUUUGACAGGCCACGCGGGCGGCUUCACGGUGGGUACGUGUC